AUGGAAGAGCAUUAUAUUCUUGGUGACGACCUCCCGCUGCCUCCCGCGCGGCUCCUAGAGCGCCUGGCUCUGUUACCGGGGUAUAUAUGGGACCAAGCGGUUGAGCCUAUUCAUUCGACUUAUGACAACUGGCAUGUCGCUGGUAUUCGACAGGCCUCUGAUCAUGAUAUCGUCACGCCCGCCGCGGCCUCCUCGGGUGCGCCCAGUACCACGCGGGAUUCCCCACGAACCGACUCAAGACCGCCAUUCCGUCACCAUUGGCGAAGUAGUCUCAGUGAAUCCAGCAGCGAACUUUCCUCCUCACGCAUCGACCAAGAGUCAUACUUCCUCCCCGUGGUAGCCCGCGUCUCUUCUCAUGUUGUUCGGCUAGAGCGGGAGUUUCAUAUGCUACGUUCGAUCGUUCAGGUUUCUGACCCCGAUUGCAAUCAUACCGUUCGCCCUGUGGAUCUUGUGAGGCUCCCGCCCGAGCCUGGGGACACCGGCCCUAUCCUUGUGUCGAUAUUCGAGUCGCCUGGUAAUAAUUCUCUCAAAGAUCUAAUUGCUUUCGGACCAGCUUGGUUCAGCGUCGGCCCCCACAGCGAGAGUAGCAGCAAUACAACACCGGGAGAGCAGGUCUCUUUAUCCGUAUUCUUAGAUUUCGCUAUAGGUGCUUGCGACUGCUUGGAAAUAUUACACUAUGGGCUAAAGACCAUUCAUGGCGAGAUUCGUCCGGACGCUUUCCAUUUCAAUCGCACUACUGGAAAAGUCAGGUUGGUGAAUACUGGAAACGGGGCGAGGUCAUUUGAUAAUGCAUUGAGUGAAGGUUGGUCGGCAUUAUCUCGUGAAGUAGGCGUGAAAACGAAACUGCAAUUCAUUGCGCCAGAACAAACCGGACGUAUGCCGACAGAACCCGAUAGUAGAACCGACAUUUAUGCCCUGGGCGUUCUAUUCUGGAUGAUCCUCGUGGGUAAACCUGCAUUUACUGGCAGUACCCCUGUGGAAGUGGUCCAAAACGUCCUCGGCAGGAAAUUACCACCUGUCUCUUCGAAGCGGAUGGAUGUUCCGGAUGCCGUUUCUGCGGUUGUCAUGAAGAUGACCCAGAAGGGCCUCCUUGACCGUUAUCACACCAUCACAGCCGUGAAGAAGGACCUUGAGCAUAUAGUGAAACUUCUUGGCGAUGGAGAUCUCGAUGCGCUCAAGACGUUCGAAGUUGCUCAAAAUGAUGUCUCCUCGUUCUUUACUCUUCCAUCUCAGUUGUUUGGUAGGGAGGAAGAAUACCAAAAGGUGAUGAACGUUGCACAGAAGGUUCAUCGACGCCAGCAGGUUCUAUAUGCCAAGAUUGCCGCUCAAGCGAAUGCGAGUGGAUUUACCGGCUCGUCUUCAUCCAUAUCCGAAAGUCGAAUAGACAGUUUUGACAUCGGUGAUGGAUCUAGUGAUUCUGGUUCUUUAAACUAUGUUACUUCCUCAAGACACAACUCAGUUGCAGGGCCAUUUGGACUCAAUCACGUUCCAACACGUGACUCUGUUCAUAGUACUGAAUCAUCGCUUUCGACCCAAAGAGGCUUUGGGUCAAUAAAUAGACCCAAGGGCUCUGCUUCUGCUGAAUAUAAGAGCCUCGGUGAUAGUGGCGAUCGAGACUCUGCCCAUGUCUCCAUGAAUACCACUCAAAGCUCCAUAGAAACGUUGAAUCCUAUGAGUCGACACAAAGCUGCUACCAAAAUUAGGCGUACUGGACACACCGAAAUCAUCACAAUCACCGGUAAUCCUGGCAUUGGCAAAACCGAUCUCAUUCAGCGCGUGCACCCAGCUAUUCGAAAACUUGGCUAUAUUGGGGUAGCAAGACUUGACCGUGCUAGAAGGAUUCCAUUUGAACCCUUUGCCAACAUACUUGCCAGUCUUCUGCGCCAGAUAUUCUCUGAGCGAGAUGUCACCACAGACUACCAUAAUAACCUCCGUACCUUUCUUCGGCCACUGUGGCCGACGCUACACCAGGUGCUCGGUCUGCCCGAACAGUUGAUAUCAAUUGACCAGAAGGAGAAACCCGUUUCUCCGAAAAUGCUCGUUGCUCAACACCUUUUGAAGGAGAGCUCGAAAGUUGAGAUUACCAAAAGGCCCAGCUUUCUUGGUCAGAUUCCGGCAGACCUAUUCUCUUCAAGCACGCCUAACAAAACAAUGCGCUUAAUGGAGAUGUAUUUGGAGAUACUCAGACAUCUAUGCUCCCAAAAACUCAUCUGUGUCUGUUUGGACGAUCUUCAAUACGCCGAUGACGAGUCGGCAGACCUGAUUGGCAAUAUCUGCAAGACCAGAAUUCCCUGCUUGCUUAUUCUGGCGGCACGCAAACAAGAGAUCGAGUCACGGGAUAUUCUAUCCCUAUUCAAUGCGGAAGGUACGAGCAUCACUAAGAUCGAGCUCCACGCUCUUUCCGAAGAAGAUGUUGCCAGAUUCGUGUCGGCUACGAUGCAAUUGAGUCCAGAUCCUCGACAGACUCCUCUCUCCGUCGUGGUAAUUGAGAAGAGUCAAGGAAACCCCUUCUUUAUUCGGAUGAUGUUGGAAACCUGCUAUCGCAAGAACUGUAUCUGGUAUUCUUGGAGGAAUAGCAAGUGGGAAUUUGACAUUGACCGCAUAUUUACGGAAUUUGUCUCUCCUGAGUACGGCGACAACUUAGGCACUGAUUUCAUCCUCAAGAGAUUCCAGGAGUUUCCACCUGCCGCUCUCUCAAUUUUGAUUUGGGCCACCUUCCUUGGAAGUCCAUUCUCAUUUUCGCUAAUACAGAGACUAAUGGAGGGGGAGUUCUGGUACGACUCUCCUGAAGAUUCGAAAUGCAAGCUUGCGACUCUAUCCAAGGCAUUGGCGCCUCGCUCCGAAGCUGAAGCUGUCUCUGGACUUCAGUUCUUGGUACAAGGGUACAUUGUGUUGCCGGGAGAGACGGAUGACGAGUUUCGGUUCGCACAUGACCGAUUUGCUCGAGCUGUUUCAACAUGGAGCGAGUGCCACGAUGUCGACAAGAUGCAUUUUGUCAUAGCUCAAACCAUGAUGAAGCACUGCACAAAGGAGGAUGAGAUGUACCCAAAGUCACACCAUAUUUGUCAAGCCGCAGGCUUAAUCCAAAAACGAGUUAGGAAUCGGAAUCGUUACCGAAAGGUUCUUCAGAAUUCUGUGCGGAUUGCAUUAAAUUCGGGUGCCCGACCCACAGCGCUUGGGUACUCACGCCAUGCUAUAAUGCUAUUACAACCGAACUGUUGGGAUGAAAUGGCCCCUGAUGUGUAUUAUGAAGAGACCUUAGAACUGCACCUCUCCACAGCUGAGCUGCUUUCGUACCAAGGAGAAAAUGAUGAGGCCCUCAACCUUCUGACGCAAGUUUUUCGACACGGUAAGACUGCAGCAGAUAAGUCAAGAGGUUGGAUUAUCAAGAGCAAGAUAUCGACUCAUGCAGGAGAUUUCAACGGGGCUAUGGAUGCUUUGCUUUCAUCUUUGGAAGAACUUGGCAUUCAUAUCCGACAACCGACAACUUAUGCGCAAUGCGACACUGCAUUCCAGGAGUUGAGGGAUUACCUCCAACCCAAAGAUCUGGAUGCUCUAAUCUUACAAACUAUUAGCCAAGACCGUAGGGUCAUUGCGUUGGGAACUGUACUCGCGGAAGCCAUGGCUGUAGCCUUUUGGGGCGAUGAUUUGACGUACAUGUACCUGGGCGUCGAGAUGAUGAAGCUCCAUUUGUUCACUGGUCGUUUUUCGCAGGUUGGUUUGGCAUGCUGCCACCUAGCUAUGACAGCAUACAGUCGCCACAAGGAUUUGGAAUUCGCAGCCAGAAUGAGUGACUUGUCUAUGUUGAUUUUCGAGUCUUACGCAGAACCUUCAUCGCGGGGUACAGGGUUUAUACUGCAGUCAUUUAUGGUUGAGCAUCUUCGAGUUCCGUUACGCGCGAUCUUGCCCUUCAUCGAGUCGUCGGUGGAAUAUGCAUUCAAUUCAAAUGACCCGUAUUUGAUGCUCACUAGUUUCGGACUAAUGGCAGCCACCCGCUUGUAUCUGGGUCAGGAUAUGUCCGAAAUUGAGACCUUCUGCACUGAUACACCAGACGAGAUUAUAGAUUGGACACGUGACGUUCGGGCAGGAGUACUGCUUGUAGCUGUCAAGCAAGUCACACGAGCAUUACAAGGCAAAACCUCGUGGAGAUUGCCUGAUCUCGUCAUGACGGAUGAUCAGCAUAGUACUGUUGAAUACAUGGAACAUAUUUGUCAGCGUUCCAUGCGUUCAGAUCGCCCUCAUGAUAUCUACUGGAGUUAUGCCAUGAUUCCCCUCUAUGUCUAUGGCCAUUAUGACAAGAUUAUUGAGCUCGGUACUAGUAUGAUGAACAGCCUCAAACGACUCUGGUGCCUGAGAGCGUCCCAUAUCACAUAUUUCAUCCUUCCACUGGCGAUUCUCACCAAGCAUAUCGACAAUCCGAAUGCUGGCAGUCUGGAAUCGCACAUGACUCUGGUGUUGGAAUGCAAAGAAAUAAUCGACUUUGCUCGAAAGGCUUGUGAUGUCAACUAUGCCAUGUGGUCUUUGCUCAUCGAAGCACUUUUGCACGAACACAAAAAGGGGUUUAACUCUGCUGUGCAAGCUUACGAGGCUGCUAUGGAUCACUGUGAGGUCCACGGAUUUCCUCUGGAAGAGGCAAUGGCUCUUGAGUUGUAUGGCGAUUUCCUUGUUCGGAGAGGUGCAAAACGGCCGGCUAGGGCCAUGAUCAGAGAAGCAAUUGCUGCUUGGAUGGGCCUGGGCGCCAUUGGAAAGGCUGCGCAUUUGUCAGAAAAGCAUGAGUGGUUACUAAAAACAGCUACCGCUCCUAGACACAACGAUGCUGGAACACAGACUGUUGACUCUCUUGCCAAUAUUAAUCAAAAUGCGGCGGUCGAAACGACUGCCGCAGUCCAAACAAAUCUAGAAGACGACAGGAAGAAGCAUUGGCUAGAGAAUUCCGGCAAUCAUGUGGAAACUGGGCCUCUAGAUAUUCCAAGUGUUGGCCUAGAUAUUAUCGAUUUGUCAAGUAUUCUCGAGUUUAAUCAGGUCAUGUCUUCAGAGCUUCAAGUUGAUAAACUACUUACAAAGAUGAUUGAAAUCAUCCUUGAAUCUUGCAGCGGCUCAGAUAUGGCUGUUAUCACCACUGAGUUCGAAGAUAUCGGGUUCGCAAUUGCGGCGAUUGGCUCUCAGGAUGACGGGCAGAAGUCGUUCCUGGACGGACUGCCGUUCUCAGAGCUGGAAGAUAAAAUGGCGCAGCAAAUCACUCAUUACACCUUGCGAACCAAACAAGAAGUACUCGUUCAUAAUGUGCUUGAGGAUGAAAGAUUCUCUAUUGUUAGUGAGGGAUACAGUGCGAGACACCCCGCCGGUCGAUCUAUAAUCACGCUGCCAAUCAUUCAAGCCGACCACUUACUUGGCGUGAUUCACAUUGAGGGAAAGCCUAACUCAUUCACUCAACGCAAUCUUGUUGUUCUCCGUCUUCUAUGCAACCAAGUUUGCAUUUCGCUCAGCAAUGCAUUCUUGUUCCGAAGAGUUCGCAAAGUGAGUGCUACCAAUGCAGCCAUGGUUGAAUCACAGAAGCGUGCGUUGGCAGCAGCGCGUGAAGCGGAGCAGAAAGCCAAAAUUGCGGAAGCGGAAGCGAACCAUAAUGUUAAACUGAAGGAAGACGCAGCAAGAGCAAAGUCCGUCUUCCUUGCAAACGUUUCUCACGAUCUUAGAACUCCGAUGAACGGAGUCAUCGGAUUGUCUGAGCUGCUGAAGGGCACGAAACUUGAUAAAGAGCAAGACAACUAUGUAGAGUCAAUCCGGGUCUGUGCGGAUACUUUGCUAACCCUUAUCAACGACAUACUUGACUUCUCGAAAUUGGAAGCUGGCAAAAUGAAGAUUUCCACUGUUCCAUUAAGCCUCAAAGAAACGAUCAGUGAGGUGGUUCGAGCUUUGCGGUACACUCAUCGUGAUCGGGGCUUGGAGACAAUCGAGGACUUGGAUAUGGUGCCGGAGGAUUUGGUUGUCAUGGGUGACCCUGUCCGUCUCCACCAGAUUUUCAUGAACCUUCUCAGCAACAGUUACAAGUUCACACCCAAGGGCCACGUUAAAGUUACAGCCAUGGUUGUUCGCGAAGGCAAGGGACGAGUGCGCCUAGAGUGUUCUGUUUCGGAUACUGGAAUUGGAAUUCCCGAAGAACACAAGUCGAGACUAUUCAGACCAUUCUCACAAGCAGACAAUUCUACGGCUCGAUCAUAUGGCGGCAGUGGCUUGGGUUUGAGUAUCUGCAAAGCGAUCAUUGAGGACGUCCUUGGAGGAUUGAUUUGGCUCGACUCUACACCGGGUGUAGGUACGACGGUGACAUUCCAGCUGGUAUUCCAGCGAGCGCCUAAAGACUCUGCCGUCACCGCGCCAUGGAUGCAAAGCUUCAACCAAGCCGAAAAACAUGAUGUUCCCCGAGUUACGCAAGUCCUAGCGCGGGAUUUGACAUUGAUCCCUCGAGAGCAAAUCCGUGUCUGUAUUGCAGAGGACAAUCCCAUCAACCAAAAGAUUGCGGUUAAAUUUGUGCGAGGACUGGGAUUAGAAUGCGAAGCGUUCAGUGACGGACAGCAAGCAGUGGAAGCACUUUGUCAAGGUUCAAAGGAAGGACGACCAUUCCACGUUGUUCUUAUGGAUGUUCAAAUGCCGGUUCUAGACGGCUACGACGCCACUCGGGAGAUUCGAAAACAGACGGACCCUAAUGUCAACCAAGCGCUUGUGAUUGCCAUGACUGCCAGUGCAAUUGAGGGUGAUCGCGAGAAAUGUAUAGAAGCAGGCAUGAACAAUUACCUCGCGAAACCAGUACGAUCCUCUGUUCUCAGCGAGAUGUUAGACCAAUACUUGGCUCCUGCCAAACCGUCCAAACUUCGACGACGUCCCAUCACGCGACAAAGCUGUGAGGGUUUACGUGGUGAUGGUGCUGGAACACCAGGAAGCCAAACAUCGUCGUCUUCCAUCAGUCAAGUUAUUGGUCUGACACCUGUGGAUGAAAAAUUACAGCCUCUAUUGUCCUCUCCACCAAUUGUCUCGCCGCCAGCUUUCUCUCCACCCAUGUUGCCACCGCGAGUUAUCUCUCCUUCAGCAACGAGUACAGAACAGCAGCUUCCGGAGCGGUUGAGAAAUUCUUCACCCGAACAACAAUCCACAUCCGCCAAACCUGAUGAGAAACCCCCAUUGCCUCCAAGAAAGGGGCCGGAUUCGUCUCUUUCCUGA